AAGGUGCUCGAAUAGCCCAAAUGGAGAAUUCAGCAGUGCCAAAUUCCUCAUUGAGGCGUGGUCGACAGCCGUACCUGUUGCCGCAAGAGGCCAAAAGGCGACGGCUGGAGCGCUACCGAUUGCGGAGACAAAGGAUGAUUCAUAUCGGCUUGGAGGUUGAAAGGUGGCACGAGUUGAGAGCAGAACUGGGCCUUGAGAAUAAUGCUUCUCUUGCAAAGUUUCUCCUGGAUAAUUACAGAUCCUGUCACAAUUUCAAGAAGUUGAGUUCAAAUCCAAACACAGGAGGAAAUGCUUUUGGCAUUACAAAUGAAAGCUGCACGGCAUCGUCCACAUCCUUCUCCGGAAUUCAGAGGAAAUUGACAAUCCAAACUUCAGAGACAUUGAAAAUUCCUCAGAGGACUUUUCCAGAACUGCAGUCACCUGUUGAACUAUCCCACUGUGACACUGGAGACGACAACGAUAAUGACGAAGACAGUUCAAAUUUCACGGCAGAUUCUGCAGAUGAGGCUGAUUAUCUUCUACCAGACAGCUUUGCAAGCAGCAAGCUAAAGGACUACACAGCGGAAGAGGAAGUGUUAAACUUCAUUGAUGAUGAAGUCAUAUCUGGAGAAGAGGAAUCUGUCCCAAUCCUGGUCGCUUCAACAAAAGUCAAAUCUAUACACAGGAUGAGAACUGGCAUUGUUUUUGAUGCUUGCCUAAUGUCGCUGGCCAGAAAAGCAUUCUCUACAUGUGAAAAUGCUGACUGCAAAAGCAAAGUAGAUUUGCAGCUGCACAUUGUGGCGACAGCAAUGAAAGUUAUAGGCCAUUGCAGCCAGGGGCAUGAAUCAACUUGGUGGUCUCAGCCACUGGUGCAAACAAUCCCGGCGGGCAACAUCCAGUUGGCAUCAAGUAUUAUUUUAUCUGGAAAUAAUUAUGGGAAAAUUGCACUGAUGUUGAAAUUUCUGAAUAUGCUCCCCAUUGGCCAACAAUCAUUCCUCAAAAUCCAGAAGACACACGUACAACCGUCCGUGCUGAACUACUGGAGAACGAUGCAAGCAAAACAUUUCCGGGAGCUUGCACAGCCAAUUGUGGUGAUAGCACAUCAGUACUGGAACGUCCAUGCCCUUUCAAAGAAAUAUCUGACCCAUACAAUGAUGGACAAUGCCACGCAUAAGAUCCUCGAAGUUCAAGUUAUUGAUGUCCAAAAUGAUGCCAGGAAGCUGCAAAAUUUGGAAGUGUCUGGAUUCCAGCAGGUCUUUCGCCGCUUGAUGCAGAAUAAUCUCUCUAUUUCCGAGAUGGUGACUAAUGCAGAUGCCGAGCUCUUGUCCUUGAUGAAAUUCAAAUAUCCAAAUGUUCUUCACCAGAUAGAUCUCUGGUACGGAAUCAGGGCUGUUCAUGAGAGUUUAGAAAAGGUCGCAACUCUCACUGACAACAGAGACCUGCAGCCAUGGAUUAAAGACAUUGUGAGACACUUCAUUUAUUGCUGCCAGCACUGCAGAGGUGAUGCAAAGACCUUGAUGGCUCGCUGGCGCAGCAUCCUGCAUCACGCGGUCAACAUGCAUGAGUGGCAGCUUGGCGACGGCUCCACUGCAGCCUCCUGCGAGCAUGGCCCUCUCGCAGACCAGGAGCUCAAAGGCAAGAAGUGGCUGACGGUGGGGUCUCCUUCCCACCAUGCUCUGCGGGAAGUGGUCUACGACAAGUGGCUCACCUCCCACCUCUGCUACUUUGUCCAAGCCAGGGUAACCGAUGAACUGGAGUCAUUUAACAAUCAUAUCAAAAUGUAUGCCUCAAAAGACUUCACAUACGACUAUCGGAAGAUGUACUCCAAGCACAACAGGAACUGGAGAGUUCUUCCCUUACAGGUCAAGAAACAAUACCGGUACUUUGAGGAUUUGCAAGAGAACAUUCUGAGAGCUAAGCUUCCAAAGGACACAGUUCCAGAACCACCCAAGUAUUUACGAACAAGGAGCAUGAAGCCUCAGCCUGAUACUGGGAUGUAAAGCUGGCUUGUACACAGGGGUGGGUUUGAUCCAGGGCAGCUGGCCUUGGCACAUUGAGGCGGGGAGUGCAGCAGUAGUUCAUAAUGGAUGAUAGAAACACUCAGGGCAGGUCAGGCAGCAUCAAUGGAGAGAAGAUAUUAGACCGGCUCUUCCGGGCAUCCGCCUUUCAUCUGGUACUGAUUUAUCAAUUUGUAUAGAGGCUGGGAAAGGGGGCGAAAGGCAAGAAAAUAAAGGGUUAGCUAAUUGAGUAGAGGGAUGGUCAGCAGCGACGACAGUGCAAACAGUGGUUCAAGAAACAGAGAGAAAUGUCAAGGGAAGAGACGGAGGAGGUUAGAGAAAUCAUCAUCAGUGCAAAAUACUGGCAGUGAAAUGAUUGAACCAACUAUUGUGUAAAACCCACCCUAAGAAGGCUUUGCGUUUUGGUGACUGUAUUCUUGUGAGCACGACAUACACUCCUCGGGUCAGGCACCAAGUUACCAGAGCCAUCUUCAAUAGAGUUGAGGAAAAGCAGCUACGUCAAUAUUUGCUCAAUGUUCAUUCAUCAAAAUUAGCAUCCGUUCCUCCUCUUCACCGCUUUGGCUGUCCACAUAUCACUUCUGGUGUGGGACACCAAUUAUUCCUGACAGCCAUUUGCUUGACUGCGUAGAAGGAAUUGUGUCUUUGGACGAUAGCAGGUCCACUGGCCGUGGUUGAACCCUCCAAUGGAAAGGAAAUGGAAGGGAGAUGUGUGAACAAUUGCUGGAAUAGCAUCACUCCAUUCCCCAUCAUUAUUAGAUAGGCACAAAAUGCUGGAGCAUCUCUAGAAAAGGAAUGGGUGACAUUUCAGGUCGGGACCCUUCAUCAGAUCCUGAAGAUUCCGAACUUUCGGUUCCGUCAGCUA